GCUUUGCGGCGGGGGCGAAGGAAAAUGAAAACGGCCAUGUCGUGGUUAGAAGUCAGUCCGUGAACCGAGCGAGUCAGACUCACGGCGCAACUUCGCAAUUCGUGUAAUGUAGCAUUAAACUUACAGCUGUGAAAGCAACAUAAGUACCCUAGCGUUCGACUUUAAACAGAUUUCUCGGCAGCAGGAGCGUUAUUAAGAGCGGAAGGGCCAAAAUGAGCGGAGGAGGGACGCCGUACAUCGGCAGCAAAAUUAGCCUAAUCUCCAAGGCCGAGAUCCGCUAUGAAGGGAUUUUGUACACCAUUGACACUGAAAACUCGACAGUAGCUCUUGCUAAGGUUCGCUCUUUUGGAACCGAAGACCGGCCGACUGAAAGGCCUAUCCCUCCUCGGGAGGAAGUGUUUGAGUACAUCAUCUUCAGAGGAAGUGAUAUCAAAGACCUAACAGUUUGUGAGCCACCCAAAGCCACUAGCAGCCUCCCUCAGGACCCUGCCAUAGUUCAGUCAUCAAUUGGAUCCAGCAAUGUUGCACCACCUCCUUCGUUCCAGUCAGCUGGGCCCUAUGCUCCAUUCAGCAGGGCCCCCGUUCCACCAUACAGUCAGUUUGGUGUUACAAACCUCGCAUCUCAGCAGUUUGGAUCUGCCGGGGCAGGAGGCCGCACCAGUCCCAAGCAUGAGUCUUUAACAAAAAGUGCCCCCCUGGAGAAGCCGGUGCAGGCCCCAGCGUCAGCCGCCCCAGCACCGACGGCACCUGUAGGACAGAGGAGUCAGUCGGGGGCUGCAGCUCCCAGACCCCCUGGUACCACUGCUGGCAGCCAGAUGCCCCCAGACCUCCUGGAGCAAAGAAAAGCUCCUGAGGUUCAGAAGGUGUCACAGCCAGAUAAUGAACACGGAGCUGUUGAAAACAGGGAUCCUAACAGACACCAAGCUGCUGCUGCUGCUCAGUCCCACCGCCGCGGCCGUGGAAGAGGAAACCGCAGCAGAGGCAAAAUAAACGUGCGUAGAGAUGGCCCCAUGAAGUUUGAAGAAGACUUUGACUUUGAGACUGCCAACGCCCAGUUCAACAAAGAUGAGAUUGACAAAGAGCUCCAGAACAAGCUCAAGCUGAAGGAUGACAAGGUGCAGAACGGAGAAGAAACUGCAGACUCAGAGCAUCAGGCCAACGAGGAGGAGGAGGCGAACAGCUCGUGCUACUAUGACAAGACCAAGUCCUUCUUCGAUAACCUGUCCUGUGAUGGCGCAAGUAAAUCGGGUGGAGGAGGAUUUUCAAGGGAGCGAAGGUCGACCUGGGCAGAAGAGAGACGAAUGAAUUCUGAGACAUUCGGCAUUCCACUGAGACACACUCGAGGCAGAGGGGGUUACCGUGGCCGAGGCUUCAUGGGUCCCCGCGGAGGCCGAGGACGACCAAUGAGCAGAGGUUCCUUCGGGCCGCCCCGGGGCGCCCCUCCUGGUUUCAGAGGUGCAUUCAGAGGUGGCAGAGGAGGCCGGGAUUUCUCUGAUUUUGAAUACAGGAAGGAUAACAAGGUGGCUGCAUAGUACUAAGAGUCGUAGCCCCUCAACAUCAUGAAAUGAUUCCUGUUGAAGAAACUCUUUGGUCUCAACGUUUUGACAGACAGAAUGAAGACAUCCUCUCAGUCACCAGCUCCGGGGUCGACUGCUUCACAUCAGGGGGUGAGAGUGCAGCUCCCUCUUUCUCCACUUUGAGAAACAGGCUUUUUGUUUUGUUCCCCAGUCACCAGAUCGUCAAGAACACGUGUAAAUACUUCUGCUGUAUUUUUGCAUCAAUCAAGUUCAUUUCUUAUUGAAGUUCAUGUCUUUGACAUUGUAAGCUGUAUGCAGAAAGCCCACUGAUACUGUGAGUGGAUCACAGUCAAUGUGAUCGAUAGCUUUAUUAUUUUUUUUUUUUUUCAGUUUUUGUUAUUUUGAUGUUUUGUUAUCACCAAAUUUCACUGCAUUGCCUGUUGCAAGUUUUGUCCGUGCUCAGACCGACUCAGUUUGGCUGUCAUGUGUUCAGUAUUUUUGCCCAGUUUGCAGGAAAAGUUUCGUCUUUUCUUUUUUUAUUUUUGAACACCUGUUAUUUCUCAAUGAAGCGGAGAGAUCACGGCCAGCUGAAAGUAACAAUAUCUGAUCUGAGUAUAGUCAUUAACGAAUGUAUAUCGAGCUCAAUCUUUGGCUUGGUUAACUGGCGACCACCUUUUCGCCCCGUGUCCAACCGCGAUUCGACCCUCGAAGGGGGCGGUAAGCUGUUAUGGAUGGACUGGUGGAUCUUCAGCUUAGUGCCCCCCCAGCAAAUUGUGGCUCUCCAGACAGUUUAGUUUUUAGAUUUUUAAUAAAUGUGUAUUCAGUAUUUAGAUAACUCUCCAACCUCCCACAUGAGGGUAAUUCUGUUUCUGCUUUACAAUUUUUGUAGUUGAACCUCUGGGGGCCUGUGAACGAAAGCCUCACUCAGGCAAUCAACAGGAACCGGUCAUUUCAUUGAUGUACGGGGUUUACAGCAUUAGCCUUAGAAGUAUUUGUUGACUGUAGAUUUGUUUUGUUUUUGGGUUGUUUUUUUUUUUUUGACCGGGUCUGUUUUCUUUUUUUUAUAGUAGACUAAAACAAACAGCAUUCCUAUGAUUUAUGUCAGAGGUACAUCCACUGCUGUUAAUGCCUUUAGAAGUUCUCAGUUUAUUCAAUUUACAUUUGGAUAAAAAAAAAAGAAAGAAAUUGCUCUGCUAUUUUGCCAAAAAGAAUGUGUGAGCAUUCAGCUGAGCAAAAGUAAUUGACAGCCCAUAUUGUACAUGUUAUCUCAUUUUAGUACUUCUUCCUUUCUAUGUCCAGAACAUGCUGAGCCGUCUGUUAGAGCACAUUGUCAUUUUGUUACCAGACAUUUGAAUUGUCUUACCGUUUUCUGGCACCUGCAUUGUUUUUUUCCACUGUCUACGUUCGGCCCUGUCCGCUGCAGAACGAACUACUUGCAGUGUUUGUGUGGAUUGUUUCAAGGCAAUCUCAUUAAUGGAUUGAACGAUGUCUGAAAAAAAAACGUACAUUCAAUACGAAUGGUUAAAAAAAAAAAAGAAGAAAAUUCUGAUCGAUCGGCCCUCUGGCUUGUUUGCAGCUCCUCUCGUUGCAUUGUUGUCAAUGUGAUUGUUCUCUGGAGUGAAUUUUUUUUUUUUUUUACUGACUCGUAAACAAAGGGACAAGAACUGGAUGAAGUGCCAGUGUGUUGGGGGGGCGGUGGGAUAUUUCUUUUUCAGUUUGACUCUGAUUUGUUAGUACUUUAGGGACUUCAGAGUACUUUUGCCUUCAGAGUGGUGAAUUUUCUACAGCUCUCCCUUUAACUUAAAGGUCACCUUUUGACAAAAGUAUUGAUAGCACAAAAAAACUAGAUCCUUCUCAGUAGCUGUGGUUGUUUAGAGCAAAGCAGCCCAGUCGAAAAAUGUGCUGUUUAACUGGAUAUUGCACAGAUUGCUAAUCACCGCAUGAUAGCCAUAGAAACCAUCACUUUAUAUGGGCUUUCGCAAUAACCAGCAAGAUUGGAUUUGGGACAAAAUGUAUUACUGAACUAUUACAGACUGACAUGUUUUCAUAUGUUUGUUACUCCUUCCAGUCACUGGAAUUGUAAACCAAGAUUUGUUUUCUUGAGAAUAUCAGCAAAAUGGAGUUUUUACGUAAAAAAAAAAUGAAUAAAGAGUUGUACAAUA